CGUUAGUUUGUGGGUUGGUUUAGGAUAGAUGUAAGAUUUAGAAAAGAAAAUAGAAAACUUUGCUAAAGCUACAGGGAAAUAUUUCUCUAUAUAACUUGUGUAGAAAACUUUGUGAGCUACAGGAAAAUAUUUCUCUAUAUAACUUGUGUCACAAUUAAAAGGAUCAACAUAUAGGAUAAGAAAAUGUCACUAUUAAAAGGUUCAAAAUUUUUAUUAAAUUCUUUGAAACCGUCAUUUAAUCCUCUGGUAACAGCAGUUCGAUAUAGAUAUCAUGCAGAGAAAAUUGCAAGAGGUCCAUUGAUAAGAAGGUAUGGUUAUGAAGACAAAAUUCUUCAAGAAGGUCUUCUACCACAUAAAGAUAAUGGACGAAAAUUACCAAUGCCAGAAUACAAGCCAAAAAAUCCGUAUACAGAAAAGCGAGCACAUUUUGGGCAAAAUGAUUACAUAGACAUUUUAGGAAAUGAUAAGCUUCAUCCAACCAAAGUUUUAUAUUCUGUACCAUCUUGGCUAAGAGGUGUAUCUGGAAAUGAAUAUCAAGUUUUAUUGAGAAAACGACGUAUGAUGCAACAUACUUUGUAUAAAUAUGCUAGACCAACCAAAUGGAAUGAUUUGAAAAAACGUAUAACAUAUUUGUAUAAAUUUUUAAAUAGAAAAACAAAAACAGGUUUUUCACGACAAUAACUUGAUUAAAAACUUUUGUUACCAGAAUAAAAUUUAUUAUAAGAUAGUUCAAAAUUUUUUUUUAUUUGUU